AUGUCUGAAAACGGCUUUCCGUAUGGGUCCAUGACCCACCCAGAUGGGCAGCAAAAUCCUCCUCCGCAGCGGGCUCCGCCUGGCGAUGGCGCCAGCGGUGGGGGCGGGAGCGGCAGCGGGAGCGCCCAACCGAUGAUCUUCCAGGAGGUUGCUGGUCGUGGGGCUGCCUUCACGAGCAUUAGCGAUCCGGCUGGCGUGAUGCUGCAGCAGCAUCAGAUCCAACUUGCAGCGGCGACGCCCCCAGCAGCCUCUGCCGCUGCCGCCGCGGCAGCGGCAGCAGUCGGCGUACCCACUGCUGUCCUCCAUGGCGGUGUCCACAUCCCUCCGCUCCCCAACGCACUGCUGAGCGGAAACGGCGGCAGCAACGGCAUCGGCGGCAUGAAUCCCGACCUCGGCGAGCACGUCUUCCCUGCUCAUCAGCUCUUUCACGCCGCUGCCGCUGCUGCCGCCGCUGCCGCUGGUGACGGCGGCGGUGGCGGCACGGGAGGCAUGCCCGGCCCCGGAAAAUCAGCAGCAUCAACGAUAUCGGAAGGGGUGGCGUCGGCGGUGACUGGCGGGUGGUUCAUCAGCGAACCGGGAGCGGGAGGAGAGCCGGGAGCAGCGGGGGUCGGAGACCCCGUGGUGAUACCGGUGUCGCUUACCCCGCAGGAGCUCGCCGCUCGGAAGGAAAUGAUCAGCGCGGAGACGCGGAAGCAGCUCGGGGUGCUCCAGGACCUGAGGGCGAAGCACGCCGGCAAGAGGGGCCGAUACAACUCGGCUGACCAAAGAGUGAAGGACGACGCGGAGAGGGCUAUGGCCGACCUCCGGGUCAACAUCAUGCCGCACGAACGCCAGGCCAUGUCGAAACCCGUCGCCGACGGCGGCGCCAAGAGCGGCAAGAAGAGGAAGAAGUCCUCCAACGGAAAGGCGUCGAGGGCGGGGGAGGCUGCCUGCGGAGAUCCGUAUCUGGCCAACGGAUCUGGCUCCGCCAUGGGGGGCUGCUGGGAAGACGAGGAAGAGGACAAGGAAGACGACGACGACGACAACGACGACGACGGGGACGGGGAAGGGGAGGGAGAGGAGGGGGAGGGGGAAGACGAGGGGGGGACGGGCGACCGCUCGAGAGAUUCGGCCACCAUUCCUCCUCACGCAAAGAAACGACUCCAGCAGAUCAAGCUGCUGUGUAAAAGAGGAUACCUGUCCAGGGCGUACUCGUGCGUAUUCUACCCCAAGGGACCCUCGGCGUCGGAAGUGAAGGCAGGGGCGGGGGCCGGGGGUGGGGCAAGAGCUUCACCGGUGGGCGAGGCGAAAGGGAGCGGCGGCGGCGGCGGCGGUGGCGGGCUUCCGGCCCCGGUAAUCUACGUAGAGGCGCCUCACAUGUACUACCAAGGGAAGGUGCCCAAGAUGCCGCCGUGUCCGAGGCAUGGCUGGCAGCCGGAGGGCGAGGUCGAGUCGAAGGGGUGGACCAAAGGCCGGCGCGUAUCGGGCGUGCUAGAAGACGCCUUUCUGCUGGGCACGAAGCACGUGUGCAAGCUGUGCAAACAGAACCGGCUGGCGCUGGAGGAGAGCCUCAUGGCCUGCCCCCCCGCCGCUGACGACGCCGAGCGGCGGCGGCGCAAGGAGAUCCUCCGCAAGAGCAGCUACGUCUUCCGCUCCUACGACCCGGAGGUGUCGAGGAUGUACGCGCAGCGGUACCCGUGGAUGGCGUCACAGACAUCGUCUUUCGUCUUCACCAAGAAGAAGGCCAUGACGCACGAGCUCGCGCUGCUGCUGAGGCAGAUGCAGGGACCCGGCGCCCCAUCUGCGAAGUCGCCGCGGACGGCGGCGGAACGCGAGAUUCAGGUGCGCCAGGCCAUCGAGCGGGUUCGGCAGGCGCAAGUGGCUCUCGCCGCGGAGAUCGACGCCGAGCACCGCGCCGCCAUGCCGGCACUUUUCCAACCGGCACAGGUUCCGCCGCCGCCACUGCCAGCGGCGCCAGCGCCGGCGGCACCGGUGGGACCAGGGCCGGUCGCACCACCACCGUCACCAUUACCCCCCACCACCGGCGAAAGCAGCAGCGGCGGCAAAGGCGACGGUGACGGCGGGGGCAGUGGAGGCCGUCGCGCCAGGAAGGGGGUCGGACACCUUGCUGUCGCCGGUGCCGUCUCCUGA